ACAGCAAAGUUCUCAAGCAGAAAGCUUCAGAGCUUUAAUCACUCUCUUGGGUUCAUUUUCUCCCAGUUGACUUUAAGGAGUUUGAUGUAUUUUUACCUCUGUGAAAAUGCAGGUGAUCUGUGGAGUCCUGGUGAUGUUCACAGGAGCUGCCUUGGGCCCGGUUCAUGCUAUCUGCAGAUUUAAUCAGAAUCUUAGAUGUUAUGGAACUCUGGGAGAAACACUGCACCUGGAGCUGGACCCUGAGGAUGAAAUAAUAUUAAAGAAGGACAACAUUAAAAUUUUAGGAUAUAAAAAGCAAAGCAUCACAACAAACUAUUUAGAUCAGGCAAGAUGGCAGUUUAUAGCUGAUAACAGAACCAUUAUAAUAACCAGAACAGAGAAGAGAGACGCAGGAAGAUACAUGUUAGACACCUUUGAUGCAAAUGGUACUAAUAAAGGCAAACGUCAUCUCCAUCUAAACAUUGAAGCUGCAGUGUCCUCAGUAGUAGUGAAGGAUAACUGCUUCUCCAGUGAGAGGAGGACAGUGUCCUGUUCCUCUGAGGGGGAACAGCUCCACUUCAACUGGACUUUCAGUGGAACCAGAAUCACACAUCAACUGGAUGAUGGAACCAAAACUCUCCUGCUGGAGAAAGAGUAUGAUGGAAAUGUCACCUGCCAUGUAAAGAAUCACGUCAGCCAUGGACAAAGUUCUAUUCUGUUACACCAGUGCACUGCCGUGAGGAACAUGGUGUUUCUCUGUGUGUGGGUUUUGGAGAUCAUCACCUUGCUGUCAGUGUUGGGAGGCUUUCACAUCUACAUCAAAAUCAACAGCAAACAGAACACAGUGGAAGGUAAAGAACAGCAGAUGGUAGAGGCUCUGUAGACCAACCAGGAUCAAGAAGUGAAGCGGAACUCCACCAGAGGAGUGUUAUAACAACCACUAGAUUCCCCAAACUCAUCUAAACUGAAACACCAGCAGAGAUCCAUAAAUGAAAGAGAACACAUACAUUUACAGAACAUGGAUGGAGUCAAUUUAUUCAGCUCAUUCAGGACCUUGCAAAAUUUAAUUCAUUGUGAAAUCUGCCCAAUCCAUCAUCAAGUACCUUGAUCAAGUAACAAAGUGAUGUAAUCUCAUCAUUACAGUUUAAUUGUAUUUGGCAAUGGAGGGGUAAUGUAAAGCUAACGUCACUGUUUAGUAAAUGUUUGGAUUGUCAGAUCACUAAAUGUUUGUCAUGUGCUGAUGUGGAAGGAAGGGAUGCUGUGUGUCUGUAUUAUAGUGUGAUGUAGAGCACAUGGAGGAGUUCUGUUGGAGUAGAGAGGGACACAGCAGCAGCGUUCCAGAGCCUAGGCUGCAUUUAUCAGCCGUUAUGUCAUAGAAGGCUGUUCCAACGUGAAGCGUCCUUCAAAUACAGCCUAGAAAUGCCUCCUACAUUCAGCCUGAGUUGUAGGACAUGACCGAUGUGUGCUUCUCAUCCCUCAGUUACCCAUAAUUCUUUGCGUAUGUAUGGUGUACACAGCUCAAAAAGAAAAAAGUUUAAAUAGAAAUAAAAGUCUAUAAAGUAAAAAAGUUCCACAUGUAAGUUACUCUGGGUAAAAGCAACUGCCAAAAUGCCAUAAAUGUUAAGGUUUGGACUAAAAUGUUAUUUUAUUCUCAACCCUUUAAUGUCCUCUAGGAGUCUUUAAUGAUAUUCUCUUUUUUUUUUUUGUCUCAUCAAUGCAAAAGAUGAAAUGAAUUGAUGCCAACUAUUUGCCCAUUUAGGGCUCUGCCUUAUCUGUUUUAGCAAACACAACUUUUCACAAACCAGAUCUACAUGAAAAAAAAAAUUACUGGCAGAAAAUUUUCACAACUGAUGUAUUCAGAAUCUGUUAUUCCACAUCUGACUUUAUAAAGUGAAAGUUCAUUAUCUGAAAAAAUGUGAAGACUUUUUGACCAGUGAAGGUUCACAUUACCCACUAGAGGGCACUAUACACACUAUGAUUUGUCAAGUGAUCAAUAGCAGAACGUCAAAACAUUUUUGAUGAAUGCAUUAUGUAUAGUAUAUAGAUUCUAACACUGAUACUUUCAAUAGGUUUUCAUGGGUACAUAAAAAGAGAAUUUAUGAUUUCUACACAUUAGAAAGUGUUUGUAUGUCAUUUUUCUCUGUUUAAAAUGUAUGCUUGACUGUUUAAAAUGUUUUUAUUAAAUUCUUAAU